UGUUUGCUUCAUGAUCUUUCCACCACCUCCCAAAUCGAGUCUCCUCUCUUUUUCUACCCUUUCCUCCCUCCACCGCCAACCACUUGCUGAUCCUUUAGGUUUUACGCUUGCAUCUUCGAUUACCUCUUUCUCUUGGCGUAUGUCGCUGUACCAUUAGUGGUGGAGGCCGUUACGGCUGUUAAGGUGGUUGUAGACAACGAGAUUAUAGUUUUCGAUGUCCGUAUUGGUCGGUCUUCUAAUCGAAGCUUCAGGUCUUCAUACUUGCAAUCGAUCAAGUAGGUAUUCUCAGAUACCCUUCCUAACUGACGAUCAGUGGUAUGCGGACAUCGACGAGUCGAUCAGUCGACUUCUUAAUCACAAAAUCGGUACUUGUCUUCGAGUGUCGAAGGUCUUCGUUCGUCAAAUGGUCUGCCGGAGACACUUCUUCGCCGUCGUUAGCGGAUGGCUCUAACUUCGAUACUUGAGUUUUACGACAUAGUUUGAGUACAAUCGACAAAUACAACCCGAAAGCCUUCUAUUUCCACCGCUUCAAUUCUGCUUCUUCAUCGCUUCUCCAACCUUAAGCAAUCAGCAGGCAGCAGUGGUGGUGGUGGUGUUAUUUGGAGUAACGAACGGAAGAGUUCUCUGGCAGGGGUAUGGUAGGGGCGCUACUUCAAUCAAAUCACGUAUGCUACUAUUGGAAAUUUUGAAGCUUGGACCUCCAUCGACCGAGAUGAAAUUUAAGGAUAAGUCGCUUGCUUCAUCAUCCCCAACCCUAUACAAGCCAGGAAGGUGAUUGCUGUUGAUGCUCCCCAAGGAUUGGGCAACAAGGUUGCUUCUAACUUCAAUGCAUGGAACUUCUAUUCAUGUUCAUGAUUCUAAAAGUUUGUUCCUGCAGGUUGUGUGUAUGGUUCUUCAUGGGUUGAUUGGCAACAAACAUUUAUCCAUACAAAUAAUUGGAGCUUGGUUUGGGGCAUGGCCUAUGCCCCUUGACUGGGAAAGAACAUGACAUGUAACAAUUCUAAGAACAUGAUUUGAUGUUGUGAAAUUCUAAAGUGAAGGUGAUGGCCAACUCAGCAGAAAAAGUCAGAUUGGCUGGAAAUCAAAACGUUAUGGUUUGUGAGAGAGGAACCAUGUUUGGUUAUAAUGAUUGAAUCGUUGAUCCACGUAGCUUUGAGUGGCUUUGAAAAGCUAAUUGUCCUGUUGUUAAGUGAGAUCCAAUGGGCUGCUUUCAUUUUACUUUGUGUAGGGUGCACAACAGCUCAACUUAAUCCUUCGUAAGUUUAAUUAUCUUCAAGGAACAUAAAUGUGCAGAAAUUCUGGUUAUAUGUUUUUGGGAUGGCUCUCAAUGUUGUUGCAAUUAUUAUCCAAGAUUUUGAUGUUGUUCUCAACAAGGGAGUUUUCCAUGGAUAUUAACUGAUUACGGUUCUCAUGAUUAUCAACCAUGCCCUAAGUGGGAUUGCUGUGUCCAUGGUGAUGAAGUAUGCUGAGAAUAUUGUGAAGGUUUAUUCAACUUCUGUAGCAGAUGUGACACAUGCAUUCCAGCAACCUGCUGGGAAAAAGCUAGAAAGUGGUGGUGUUGGUAGUGGAGGUCUCCAGGAACUGAUACAUUGUGUUGCAAGGACAGUUGUCGUUGUGGGAGUGGAUGGGCUUUUUAUGGAGGUGCAUAAUGAUCCACUUAAUGGUCCGAUUGAUGGUCCAACACAAUGGGUUUUUACGAUCAUAAUGGACGCGACGCAAUCAAACCCUAUUAAUAUUUCCAACAACAUCGGUUCGACGACAAAGAUUCCAAUCUUAUACACCCAUGACUAUGAAGUAUGGGCGCAUCACUUUAAAGACUACGUGAUUGGAUCGGAGGAUAAUGGGUACCUCAUAUGGGAAGCUAUUAUCAGUGGACCGUUUUCUCAUUCUGCAACGUCCAGGAUUAUUAAGACACAAAAGGAGUACAAUGAUCUGAUAAAGGAUGUGAAGGAUAUUGCGCAAGAUGAAAAGGACAAAUUUCAGUGCAAUAUUAAGGCGUUAAGGUUGAUCAGAUUCGCCCUCCAGUCCGACACAUUCAGAUUGGUUAGCUCAUGCACGACGGCAAAGGAAGUUUGGGAUGGACUUCGUGAACUGUAUUCUACAGACGAGGAUCUAGAACAUUCUAUCCAAACUUUGCUUUUAUCUGAGUUUGGAGAAUUCAGGCAAGGGGACGAAGAAACGGUGACCCAGACAUUCGAUCGCUUCAAUCAUUUUCUCAGCAAGAUGAUCAAACACGAUAUUGAAAGGAAGCUUAUCGAACAGAAGGUUACUUUCUUGAAUGGACUGAGGUCUGAAUGGAGAGCAGUGGUUUCCACAGUCAAAGCCCAUGAGCAGUUUAAAUCAUACUCUUUGGCGAAACUGGUGGGCAUUCUCAAGUCCCAAGAGAAGAUUGUGCUGCAAGAGAAGAACGUCGUUUCUAGUCUUGGUUCGUUGGCCCUCCUAUCUAAAAGUAAAGCUGUAAUGGAGGAUGAAGACCUCAACUUGGAGGAAUAUGACCUCACGUCUGAGGAUUAUGCCAUGAUGGUGUCCAAUCCCAAGAGGUUCAUAAAGAAGAGAUUCCCCAGCAACAAAAACCGAAUCUGGCAGGGGAGUUACAGCUCUGAAAAGGUGAACAAUGAACCGAAGGCUGAGGAGCCCAAGAAGGAACCAAAGGUGGAUGGCGAUUCCGGAGUAAGCUGUUUCUACUGUGGUGGGAAAAACCACUAUGCUAAGGACUGUGUCCUUAAGAAGAUGACUGAAAAGGAUGAUGGAAAUGAUGAGGAAGCUGUGUUGCAGAAAAGAUUGGACGAGUUGAGAAAGAAGAAGUCUACCGCCAACCCCUCUAUUAAUGCUCUUAUUGUGCAGGGUUCGGUUAAUGAUGACAAGUUCGGUAUCACGGAAGUUUGGUCCACCGACUCAGAAGACGAUGAAGUGAGGAAGCCUACCCAUGGAAAGGCUUAUGUGGCUAAGGAGGAAAGCAGUGGAGGAAGAUGCUUCAUGGUGACUGACGUAUCUCAAAUGAGGGGAUACAACACCGAUGGUGGAAGCGAUGGACCGAAGGUGCAGGAGGACAUGUGCUUUACGGCCAAACCACUCAGCCAGCAGUUCAAUGAGCUCGAUGAACUGAUAAAGAAGGGUGGCGUCGAAGAGUGAGGAGCGGAGAAUGUGGAUCGAGUUAAAGGAGUCGGAAUUAGUUAAAGUUAAAGACGAAAACAUUUAUUUGCAAAGAGACAAUUUAAAAUUGUUGAAACAGCGGAAUGUUUUUUGUUUAAUU